AUUUUAACUUGUCUCCUGCCAGAACUUGAAGAAGAGCUGGCAUCCCCAGACUAUGAAAAACAUUGAGCGCGUUUGGAAAGCUGAGCAGAAAUAUGAGGCUGAACGCAAGAAGAUCGAGGAGCUCCAGAAAGAGCUAAAGGAGGAACGAGCUCGAGAGGAAAUGACGAGAUACGCAGAGGACUCCGGUGCCAUCAAAAAAAAGGACGAUCGGCUGGACUGGAUGUACCAGGGCCCUGCUGGCCAGGUGUCCAGAGAUGAGUACCUGCUGGGCCGCCCCAUCGACAAGCAGAUCACCGACCAGUACGAGGAGCCAGAGAGCGGACCGUCGGCCGAGACCGGCCUCCUGCCUGGCUCCAUCUUCAGCCCUACCACCCCCGCCUCCAGCCUCGACCUCGCCGCCAAGAUCAGGGAAGACCCCCUGUUUCAAAUCAGGAAACGUGAGGAAGAAAAGAAGAGAGAAGUCCUGACGAAUCCAGUGAAGAUGAAGAAGAUCAAAGAAAUGCUUCGCCAAAAUCUCGACAAGAAAGACAAGAAAAAGAAGAGGAAGAAGGACAAAAAGGAGAAGAAAGGGGACAAAGAGAGGAGAAAGGAAAAGAAGCAU